CUGACGUCAUUGUUGGGGAAUUUUCAAGAUGGCGCCUGACUGUGAGAGGAAUGCCGCUGCAGCAGAAAGCUGAUCGUUUCUGGGUUUAGUUUAUCCUCCGCCUCCGGGCGUCUUCGCUCCCACGGUCGGGGAAAACAUUUGUAGAUUCACAACCCGGAGAUGCUUCACUUCCGUGCUGCACGUUAGCUAACGCUGAAAUAGCACCGGCUAAGAUGGUAGCCACGUCCUCGGAGAACGACACAAACAGCCACUGCGGAGCUCGGCCGUUGGGGCCGGACGACUCGUCGCAGGGAUUUCUCGCGGGGCCCGAAGCACGCUUGGCGGACUGAGAGGUCAUGGAGGUGACGGGGAAGAACGGAGGUUCGUUCGGGAUCGACUGUAAUGUAGUAGAGGAGACGGCGGGAGGACCAGGCGGAGCGAGGAGGCUGUGUCACUCCGGGCUGCUCGCCCGUGUCAGCGGGGGUCAGGAAACUGCUAAGCCUCCAGCUUAUGCGACCGAGAACGGGAGGAAUGUAAACAGAGACCCCUCCCUGCCGCCGGCUAAAAUCAUGCUGGACCUGGCGGAGCGGCUGCUGCCGGGACAGCUGAUCGACACCUGCGUGAUUUCGGGGGUUUGCGGAGGCCUGAACGGGUUUAGUGAAUCUACCGGUCUAGAGGAGCAGCUGGAGGAGGGGGGUCACGGAGAAAGAGGAGAUGGGAGCACAGAGACUUCCCCCGCAGCUGCGCUCCUGGACCAAGACCAACAGGUCCAGCACAUCGCAGCAGAGAGCAGAGGCGAGUGCCUGGUGGAAGAGGGCUCCGUCCGGGCUUUUGCUCCCCUCGAUCGACCCGCGUGCGCGCGGAUGCACCCGGGCUGCAUUGCGGUCAACAUGUCCAACGGGGUCGCUGACUGUCCCGGGGAGGUCAGCGCGGAUUGUGAACCGUUUCUGGGUCACGGACACGCUUCGGAGCCGUGGGAGCUGAGAGUAGCCAACGGCGGUUUGCAUCUUCUGGGAAACUCGCCGGGGUCCGGGCUGAGUCUCAGCGGGCAUCCGCUUCCUCCAGCCUCGGGAGAAGACGCUCCUUUCGCGUCAGAGCUCCUCGGUCUCUGCAAGCCGCCCCUCUCCCUGGAACCCUGUGACAAAAUCCCCUCACCCAGCCCCUCCACCUUGUCAGAUCCAUACAGUGACAGCCCGCUGUCUGAGCCCCCCAUCCCGGGCGAAGAGGAGGAGGAAGAUGGGGAGCCCGCUUACCUCCGGGCCCCCAUCAGGCCGCAGAGUCUGAGGACUAACCUCAACCUCGCGGUGUCCCUCAGCUGCGACGCCACCCCACUGUCCCCGGAGGAGGAUGGGGGCUUUUAUUUUGAAAAUGAGGUGUCGGAGGAGUACCUGCGGAAUGUUCUGGAGGGGGGGCGGCGGCAGAGCGCCCCCGACAAUCUACCGGACCGGAGCGAGCAGGGCGCCGGCACGGAGCAGAAGCUGCUGCCGAAGAGGUUCGGAAUCGCAGAUUUCUUCACCAGGAGCCUGUUUUCUAAGAAAUCCAAAGAUCCUAAGGCAGUAUCCCACAAUGCAUCAGGGUGGCGACUCUUUGGGAAGACGGCAGCGAGAGAGGGCGAUCAAAGCAAAGAUCUGUGCUCCACAGCGACGAUGCAGCAGCAGGAAGAAGAGGACGACUCUCCGGGUUCUCAGCGCCCCCUGGCUGCAGGAAGGAGGAAGAAUCUGGACUUUGAGCCUCUGUCCACCACAGCUCUCAUCCUGGAGGACCGGCCCUCGAACCUGCCAGCCAAGUCCACAGAGGAAACUCAGAGACACAAGCUGGAGUAUGAGGAGAUGGUGGCAGGAGCUAAGAGGAGAGAGAUGAAAGAAGCUCAGAGAAAGAAGCGUCAGAUGAAGGAGCGCCACAGACAAGAGGACAGCAUCUCCAACGCCAUGGUGGUCUGGAACACAGAGAUCCUGCCGCACUGGGACAGCAUGAAGGCAACGCGGCGCGUCCGGGAGCUUUGGUGGCAGGGGCUUCCUCCCAGCGUCAGAGGAAGAGUGUGGAGCCUCGCCAUUGGCAACGAGCUGAACAUCACACCAGAGCUCUAUGAGAUCUUCCUGUCCAGAGCCAAAGAGAAGUGGAGAAGUUACAGUGAGACCAGUUCAGUGAACGACGGCGAGAGCGACGGAGGAGCAUCUCUGGCCGACAGGGAGUCCAGCCUGGACCUUAUCAAACUGGACAUUUCCAGAACAUUCCCCUCCCUCUUCAUCUUUCAGAAGGGGGGUCCCUACCACGACCUCCUCCACAGCGUGCUGGGAGCGUACACCUGUUACAGACCGGACAUCGGCUACGUUCAGGGCAUGUCCUUCAUCGCUGCUGUACUCAUCCUCAACCUAGAGGAGGCCGAGGCCUUCAUCACCUUCGCCAACCUACUCAACAAACCCUGUCAGAUGGCCUUCUUCAGAGUCGACCACGACCUGAUGCUGAAGUAUUUCGCAGCCUUUGAGAUUUUCUUUGAGGAGAAUCUUCCUCGUCUCUUCGGUCACUUCCAGACCAGCAGCCUGACACCCGACCUGUAUCUGAUCGACUGGAUCUUCACCCUGUACAGUAAGUCGCUCCCACUGGACGUGGCGUGUCGGGUGUGGGACGUCUUUUGCCGGGACGGCGAGGAGAGCCUGUUUCGGACGGGGCUGGGGAUCCUGCGUCUGUACGAGGAGGUCCUGCUGCAGAUGGACUUCAUCCACAUCGCGCAGUUCCUCAGUCGCCUGCCAGACGACCUGCAGGCGCACACGCUCUUCAGCGCCAUGGCCAACACGCACAUGAUCAGCAGGAAUCGCCGCUGGGCGCAGGUGUUUUCUGCUCUGAUGAAGGAUGGAAACAAGGAGGCGGAGAAAGGCGGCAGCCCGGCUUUGAGGAGCUAACCCCAGCUCCUCCCAUGGCUCUGACCAGGAACGUUUUAGAGGCGGUUGUUGGUUCAACUCCAGCAGAUUGUCAGUAUUUUUCCACACAUGAAGUCUGAAUCUUCUGUUUCCAUGUUGCCCCCCUCCCAACCCCGACUUCACUGUAGGUGCUAAAGUUUUCUAAUGGCUUCAACUUUCUGGUUUAGUCCUCUGCUCCCCCAGUACCCACUAGAUUAACCAGCGAGCUCCAUUCAAGUGGUUCCAGCUGAGGUGGAUCUCAUCACAGCGAGGAAGCGCCACUCCAAGCACUUUAAUCAGACGGGCGCCCCCUGUCUGCGGUCAGAAGGAAGUGAACUCAAAUGAAGCGUCAAACUUCAGGCCUGAAACACCAAAGAUGGAUCCACAGAAGAUCCAGCACCAAUCGGAAGUCUUCUCCCCCAUUUAAGAUCUCACACUCCUGUUCAUUCCACAGUUCACCUCCUUCUUUCCACCAGGAAUCACGAGCAAACGGAAAAAUGUUUCCUUCCCAGAGUCUUCAGACUAAGCCUGCUGCACUUAUCUGAUCAUGAGCGUUUUGAGUGUUCACAAUAAAAGCUUGUUUCCAAAAAGGAGCUCAACCUUGUAGGGUACAAAGCAGGUUUUUUUGUGCACAGACAAACUUGAAGAAACAACAGAAUAUAAAGUUCCUAGUUUGAAUCCCUGACAAAACAGGAACUGUGUUUCCACUCUGCUGUUACAUUUCCCCGGACUAUUGAAAGUGUUACUUCUGAUUUUUCACAGGUAGAAAACAAUAACUUCACAUCAUACUAUAUGUUUUUUUUAAACAUUUAUUUUUUACUUUAAUUAACUUUUCAAACUUACAAAAACUCUUUCAUACCAAUUUAAAGGAAGGAGCCUUUAAAAAAGGAGCUUCUAAGAGAAUGAAAACUUUAACAGUGUUUUAUAAUUACUUGAAAUAAUAAUUAAAAAAAACAUUCACCUCCAUCUAAGUGUCCGAGCAGAUAAGUUUGAGUAUUUUUGUUGGAGCUUCGCUUUAACAACAUAAGUGUCUGAGCUUUCCCUGUGACUCCACCCACUCUUAUGUGAACCCACAAGGCCAGCAACUUUUUUUUUGAGGGGGGGCUAAAUUUUUCCCUCAAAGUUGCUUAUUUGUCUCAACAUAACCCUACUUUUGUUCAAAUGUCUGUAAGCUAAGUCAGAAGUUUACAGAGGAGGCAUUUUAUUUUGAAAUGAAACUGCACCACAAUGUUUGGUUGCCUCACAGGUCAGACUUCUGCAACAGACAUCAACAUGGAGUAGAUUGAGCUUAGCAUCUGUGUGAGCACGCUAAAGGCGCUGCAGCAAAGUCGCAUUUCAUCUCCAGUGUUAAAAAAAAAACAACCCAAACUGGAGGAGAGAGCUCUUCUUUGGUUGGAGGCUUUAGCUUCAGAACCACUGGUCCAAGUCUACAGGACACUACGCCACAACAGAAUCCUCUGAAGAGUUUUCAGAGCACAAUCUGAUCCGUUACUUCAUUUUUCCCCUAGUGUCCCUGUCUGAAAGAAAGACUUCAUGAAGGAAAAGAGUCGGACGUUUUCCAAAAACAGUCAGUGUUGGACUCCUGUCUGCAGCGGUUAAGUGCAAUAUUGUCAUUGGCAGGUGAUGCCUCCAGAGCUCUUUAUGAUUACCCAGAAUCCUCUGCUAAAAUACUCCCUCUACACUAAAACUAUUGCCAACUAACCUGUAGAGAUCAGACAAGAUUAACACCAGAAUUUGCUUCAAAAAUUCUUAUUUAUAAUCGUGUUACUGCUUUCUGUAAAUCCGUGUAGUUAAUUUUUUUGGUCUCAUUUUUCUGGACUAACUUUAGUGUACAGUUCUUUUCAUAAUGCCUUACAGUUGAUGUAAAUAACUGCAUAAAUGUUCUGUCUUUUCAUAUAACAGCCACUAGUUUGAUGUGUAAAUAAAUGUCUCUGCAAACGA